AUGCGGAUACGGGUAAUAAUCUUAAAAAUUAACUCAAUUUUGGUGCAUCCGAGUGCAUCGUGUGUCUUCACUGUCAGUCAACAAAAAGCAAGAGCGGGAAUCGCACGGAACAAAAAAUGUUACCUCGCGGAAGACCGGAAUCCUCGUGGAAAAGGAAUCGGCUUCAUCAGCACUGUGGAAUAUCCCGGAGUUACCUUUUGGUGGCGGUUAUGUAGUUCCGGAUGCCACUGGUUUGGUAGAAUCGGCUGGGAAUACUGGCCUCGUAAGAUUAAAGUUUUCCGUAAUUGGCUUCGAUUGUGCCGAGAAUGCUACCGGUAUUUAGUGGAGCUCAUUAUCGGCGUUGGAUCGGCGGGGUCGGAGGAUCUCUAUCGAUUGGAACAAAGGCAUCGAAAUCCCUUAAAUAGUUCCGAAUAUUUCCCCGAAAAAAAAUUAAUGGUAACAGAGAAGACAAUCAUUUAAUGAUCCACUAACGUGAGGCCUCAUCUGGUGCAACGUUGUCAAAGAUUAAUUUCAUUAUCUUGGCGAGGAAUUUUACAUUACAAUGAAAAUAAACAUCAAAUGUCCAACAAUUUGAUCCCGAUGAAAUGUGUCACAGAACAAAAGUCAAUUAUUUGCAAAUUGUGCAAUUUGCAAAAAUGAAAGUUCAUGAAAAAAACACUUCAAAUGUGUUGUCAAAGAAAUAAUAAUAAUGAUUCCCAUAUAAAUCAGUUUGAAUCAAAUUUGAAUAAAGCAUGAUUUUAGGGGUUUAGAAUGCUAAACUAAAAUAACAAAUUCUAUGUUAACUAGACUAGGGAGUUCAAAU